CAGACACCGCUGCGAAUGCUUGCUCGUGGAUGCUGCUCGCUUCCUCACUAAGGCUACAGUCGAGUCCAUCCGUUUUUAACAUUUAGCCUGUACAAAGGUAAAGUGUUAUUAGCAAGAAACAACUAAGAAAUUUCAUCUUGGGGGAAAUUGGACUGUCUGAAAGAUGAAGCUGGCUCCGUUUCUGACGGUUUUGUUUUGUGUGGCUGUAGCAACACAGGGCUCGACUUUUCGGUCUUCAAGCGACGUUGCCUCCGCCAUGGUGCGCGGGUUCAUGACUAAGUUAUUCCCAAUACGGCAAACUCAGUUUGCAUCAAUAACACCACUGUUUAGUACGGGAAGUUCGUCACGGGGAGGGGUACGGUUGAGGGGUACCUUGGGGUCUCGGGUGGUUUCGACUGCAACUGACCCAAAGCCCGCGCCGACGAUGCCAGAUUUGAUGUUUGUUCUGGAUAGCAGCGCCAGUAUAGGCUCAACGAAUUAUACUAUCGGAAAGUCAUUCAUGGAAUCCAUCGUGAACUUCAUCUACAGUCAAGCUGGCGCAACUUCCACCUCAAAGCCUCGAAUUGGAGUUGUUCGGUUCUCAGAGGCAGCGAAAACUAAGGUGGAUUUCUCGCUGGAUACCCACACAGAUGCUGAGCAAGUGAAACAGGCUAUUCGUGGUAUCCCCUACGACAAUGGCGUUUCUACAAACACCGCAGAAGGUCUGAAGCUGGCCAAAAUGGAACUGGAUAACAAAGGCAAGCCUGGUAACGCUAAAAUGAUUUGGAUCCUUACUGACGGUAACGCUAACUCCGGAGGCGAUCCGGUCCGUCUGGCAACGGAUAUCAAAAAAGGCUGGCGUGGAAAUCUAUGCAAGCCCAAUCGGCAGAUCUGUCUCUUUGUCUCGGAUCCAGGAUCUGGUGUCAUCGCCAACGAUGGACCAUGUGUACGAAGCGCCGACAUACGCACAAGCCAAGGCCAUCGCCCAAGCUGCAGUCACUCAAUACAGGCACAUGGGCAUUGCCUCCUCACUCGGCAGACCUGGGCAAACGCUUCACCGUCUGGAACCCAUUCGGAUAUCUCCGAGAUUCUUCGACAGGUUCCGGGAGCGGUAUGGCAUUCGUGUAGGUUCAGCAUAAGAACAGGAUACAAAUGAUUAAUUCUUUCGUCAAAAAUACUUGUAUAACGACCCAAUGACGAAUGAGGUGCAACGUGGCGUUUCUGUCACAAGUACCAAUCACCAUUUUUUACAUAAACAAUAUAUUAAUAUAAAUUUAACAAACGCAUUCUUACAAAUAUCAUUUUUUUUCUUACUCCUUACAGGACAGUACAUGCUUGUGCCCAUUAUAAAGAAAGAAUAUACAUUGUAUUCCAUUGCAAUCAACAAUACUGUAUACUUGUAAACAUACUCCUCACUUUAAACAGAUAUCCAGACUGUUCAUCAGUUUUCCUAUUCCUGUAUUGAUAUGGUUGGCGCAGUGAUAUGCAUGCCGAAGAUAUAAUAACAAUAUGAAAAUAAAGUUAUUGAAAAACUUCUUAAAAUUUUAA